AUGGAGCCGACCGCAAAGCAGCGACAUAAGGUGAAUUGGUCCAGGGCGGAACAAGAUAUGUUAAAGGAAAGUUACUUUGAGCUAACCUCAACAUUAGACAAUAAGUUCUGCCCUGGACUAACUCAUGUUGAUAAAGAUCGGGCCUGGAAGGAAAUAGUGGAGCGAGUGAAUGCGCAAGGCGUUUGUGAGAGGACACUUGAUGAGUGCAAGAAAAAAAUCAGUGACAUAAAAACUGAUGUGAAGAGACGAGAAAGGAGGAGGCGUCAGCUGUCAAAUGUGACAGGGGGUGGGCCAGCUCCGAAAUUGGAGGAUUGGGAGGAUAAGAUGAUUAACCUGAUUGGUGACUCAGCGAUUGGAGGCUUUGCUGGUGUUGAUACCUUCUUGAUGAAGAGUAAGUGGCCUUUUUUAAAUUUGUAUCACCACUUACUGUUAUUUUAUUUACCACAUACUUUCUGAUCCAAAAAGGUAUGUGACCUCAGCAUGUAAAGG